AUGUCAUCACCUUUCGGUAGAGGCGGUAUCUUCAAAGGCUCUGCCCGUAGGGGUCGUGGAGGCAGUGAUCAUGGUUCUGCUCGUAGGGGUGGUGGAGGCAAUGACCAUGCUCGUGGUAGCUUUGAAAGUACUCGCGGUAGUUUUGGAAAUGCAAUGAUCGAUCUAUCUAGUGAGAUAAUUGAUCUUUCUGGUGCAGUAAUUCAAAAGCCGGUUGCUACGGAAAACACAAACGAAGCUGAACGCCCUGUCAAGAUUAAUAAUAUUACCGCUGUCACAUUCCUUAACAAAACAGAAAUGGUCGACCUCAUAGUAGGCCCCGAGGAAGCUCUUUUUCGAGUCCAUAAAUCUUUCCUGUGCAACAAGAUACCAUACUUCGACAGAAUGUUUAAUGGUGGAUUUAUAGAAGCGAAAGAGAAUUUGGCAAAAUUCCCAGAGGACGGUCCUCAGUCUUUUGAUAUACUUAUUGAGUGGGUAUAUUCUGGAUACAUUCGAUUUUAUGAAGUUGGGAUCAAUGGCAGCCCGGAGAGCUGGGAUUUUCUACGCUUUUAUGCGUUAGCAGAAAAGCUUGGUCUCACUCAGUUGGAGGAUCGUGCCCUGGAUCUUUAUCGACAAAGUAGUAAAGUCAAAAAUGCAACCUUUGACAUGGACUGGGCCACGAAGGCAUACGAGAUCACUCCACCAGGAUCGGCACUUCGGCGAUAUGCUAUCCAAGUGUUGGUUUGGAGAUUUCACGCCCUAGAAAACUCGGGAAUCAAUGUCAAUGACCAUUUUACCCAGACGAUGGAAAGCGACCAUGAUCUCUUUAUCGACUUUAUGCUUGCACUUCGUAAACAUGUCGGAGUUGAAGCACCCACUGAUCCGAGAGUCAUUGAUCCAAAGAUUCCUGCCACCAGAUGCGAAUACCACGGCCAUACAAAUAACGAGGACUGUUAUAAGUUUAAGAGAACUUGA